AUGGGUCAUCUUUUAGCUAUCCUCCCUUUCCCUGAGCCAGAAGGUUUUAGAGUCACAAUACAGCAGAAGUUUCCUGCGUUACAUGUUACAUGGGUUCACCAACCCUACGGUAUCACCAAUUGGGACACUGCAAACAACAUCGAUGAAGAACUUUUCAAAGACGCAACCAUCCUCACCACAUUGUCCGUUAUUCCAAAACCAGAGCAAGCUCCGAAGUUGAAGUUUAUUCAGCUACUCCCAGCUGGUGUUGAUCAUUUACUCGAUGAACCCAUUUUCAAAAAGGAUGAUAUUCAAAUCGCGACGACAUCUGGUAUCCAUGCGCCCCAGAUUGCGGAAUGGGUUGUCCUGCAAAUUCUGUCGUUUUCGCACCACGCACGCUAUCUUGCGGACAGUCAGAGCAGGGGUGAAUGGAUUUCCCACAGCAAAUUAACAGAAUCCCAAGGCCCAGUCCGAGAUAUGACCAUUACUCGGGUGGGCAUCCUUGGCUAUGGGAGUAUAGGAAGGCAGAUAGCACGCGUGUGCUGCAGUAUGGGCUCAGAGGUCUUUGCUUUUACGGCGUCUCCACGAGAUACGAUCGAAAGUAGAGUUGACCCUGGCUUCUGCCUCCCUGGGACUGGAGAUCCUGAAGGGCUUCUACCAACCAAAUGGUUCCACGGGCUUCACAAGGCUUCAGUCCAUCAAUUCCUACAGCAGAAUCUCGAUGUCUUAGUUGUGUGUUUGCCUCUUACAGAGAAGUCCACGCAUCUUAUCGGUGAAGAGGAGCUCUCUGUGCUCGCCGAGCAAAACAGAGUGCGCCAAGGGCCCGGUACAUUGAUCAUCAAUAUUGCUCGAGGCCAGAUCAUCCACCAAGAGGCCUUGAUAGCGACACUGAAGAAGCCAGUGGAGGAAAGUGGCCUUCGAGGUGCAGCCCUGGACGUCACGGAGCCUGAGCCAUUGCCCCAAGAUAACGAGUUGUGGUAUCUGCUCAACGUGGUUCUUCAUCCUCAUGUUAGUGGCUUGACAACUGAGCAUCAAAACCGUUAUAGGGCUGUGCUUGAGGAAAAUCUGACUCGUUUCAUGGAAGGAAGAGAAUUGAUGAAUUUGGUAGAGAAGAAAAGAGGAUAUUAA